AUGACAGAAGCAAAACCAGCUGAAACUCGUCCGGAAGCUACACAGCCAGUCGAAAACCAUGACGUCAAUCUCACUGCCAUUCUUUCCCUAAGCACAGUUGCAUCGCUAGUACGUCUUUUUCAGCCUUUCAUGUCAGAAUUGCAGAGCUCGCAAAAUACCUUUCGUCUUGUGAGUUUCGCCUGGUGGACUCUGCUUUUUUGCUGCGCUGGAUACCUUUUGGGUAAAUCAAACGGCACUGUUUCUGUUUGCAAGGCUGGUUCUUUCUUGGUCGCCCUUGCGUCCAUAUAUGAAUCACUCGAAGCGCCAUACGCCCACCUUGUCAGCCCUGUUUUGAUCCAGAUGGGAACAUCUCUCUCGUUUGCGACGUCAUUCCACAGCUUUCUGUUAUUCAAGCCCAGAAGGUUUGGCGAAUUGUAUGCUGCUGGUUUGAUAGUGGCAGGUUUGCUUUUGAGCUUUGGUGCAGCACGGUACGCCGACGAGCCUUGGGUGAUCUCUCUUCUGGGCACCUGUUUUGCCAUUUGUGCCAUUGCAGUGCCCAAGGUUGUUCCAAACGCUGGUCAGGAGGUGACUGUCAGUAAGAAGGAGGAUUAG